AUGGUCCUCAUCAAUGACAAAAAAUUCGCUUGCGCAACUUGCAUCAAAGGUCAUCGUGUUUCCGGAUGCACACAUACGGAUCGACCCUUGUUUGAAGUCAAAAAGAAAGGUAGACCGACGGCACAAUGUCAAUGUUGCAGAGAUAGAAGGAAACUCAAGGGAAGCUCUGUUCACUCCAAGUGCACAUGCGGCGAUUCUCAAACUCCUUCCAUGAUCCUUCCUGGCUCUUUGGAUUCAUCAGCUCGGCGUAACGGUGAUAGUUCAGUUUCUUCUCCAUCGCCCACCAGACAAGCAGAAACAGAGACCAGAAAGGGUCAACCUGGAUCGACUCCGACAUAUCCUAACGGGCUCAAAGAUGUGCAUGAGAUGGCAGCUGCCGCUGAAGUACUAGGUGUUCUCAGUCACGAAGGUCAUAUGGCCGCGGAAAGGCAGUUGUCGAAUCUACUCAAUCCAUGCACUUGCAAAACUACUGGAAUCUGCAAAUGCUGCAGUCGCAAACGCGAACGUCUAGAUUCACCUCAUCUACAACGCCCCUCGCCGUCUCGUGCUUCCAGUGGAGCUAUCACUCCUACGGGCGAUUUUGCACAUGCUCAAACAUCCUCUGAAACCAGUCCCACUACUUAUCGAAAAGAUCCUUCCAAAGUUACCGGUCCAUAUCUGUCUCCGGAAAACACUCAUCAUCCCGCUCAUACCUCGAGACAUGUCCACAAGACCAAACUCUACUCUCCAUACUCUACAAAUGGUCAUCUGACCCCUCGACACGGCAAACGCGAAGCAUCGACCCUCAAGGCAGGAUGGGCCAGUUCAUCAACUACAGCUCGUCCACCACCUCCGACCAUCCCACCGUUGGCAGAUAUGACAGCUUUCCUCGGUGCAGUCUUCCGAGAAGAUGGCUCGGUUGCUACAGAGAUACCCCGUUCAGCACUCGGUCUACCAGGAAUCAAUACUUUCGAUGCCAUGGCUCAGAACGGUGGAGUCAAGGUGGAAGCGAUGGAGAUCGAAGGUGACCGACCGAUAUCAUUCCCGACAUCAGAAGAUGUCGUCAUUGGAGCUUGCACUUGUGGACCAGACUGUCAAUGUCCGGGUUGUGCAACACACGCGGACCCUACACGUGCCGCUGAGCAUCACCAUUCUGGUUUGGGUUGUGGAGACAACUGCAAGAGUUGUUUCGACUGCGCGGAUCAUCUUUCGUUACCUUCUGGGAUCACCUCUAUCGCCCACCUGCUGAGUAUCGCAGCUGCCAAUGUCCCUCCACCAGCUCGAAAAGCGUCCCUAGAUCUGGAUGCCCACGAUACAAGGGUCUUACCCUCCAGUGAAGACGCGGUUCGAAGUUUAGGAUUCGUACAGCUCAAACCUCUUCAGUGCUGCAAUGGAAGAUGUCAAUGUGCUCCUGGGGAGUGUAAAUGCGAACAGGAUUGUUGCGGUUGUUGUGUCCGGUGUAACUGCGAUGCGGACGGAGAUCAGAAUAUGGCAGAAGACAGC